AAGACAUGCAGGGGAUAUUUGUCCGAACUGAGAAGCUCAGUAUGGUUAGAGAGAGCUAUCAUAUUCGCAUUCACGUUCACGUUCAGAUUUGGCAAAUGUGAAUUUUACCAGAAAAUUUGCCUGAAAAUUCACAAAUUCAAAUUCAUUGCUGGGUUUUCAACGAUUGUUAUCGGAAUCCGUUGUCAUAGUUUUCUGUUUAUCAAUUCAAGUGAGAAUUUUUGGUAGAAAUGCAAGAUAUACAUUCGAUCGGAGGAGAAGGAGGCGGAGGCCGGUUGUUCGGUGACCGGAGGCUGAGGCCGAACCACCACCAGAACCACCAGGCUUUGAAGUGUCCUCGUUGCGACUCUCUCAACACCAAGUUCUGCUACUACAACAACUACAACCUAUCUCAGCCGCGGCACUUCUGCAAGAGCUGCCGGAGGUAUUGGACCAAAGGCGGUGUUCUCCGGAACGUCCCAGUCGGCGGCGGUUGCCGGAAAACCAAACGAUCCAAGCCAAAAUCCUCCGAUAAUGCCCCGCGGGAACGAAAAUGCAACUCUCAUUCCAGUAGUGAGAGUUCAAGCCUCACCGCCACCACCACGGCCGCGAAAACCACCAGCACCCCGGCAGCCACCGCCACGACCGAAGCGGUUUCGGCUAAUUCUUCGAACUCGCCUUCGACUUUACUCAACUUUUCCGACUCCACCAGGUUCUUCAAUUUUCAGGCUAUAAACCCCCCUAGCUUUGAUCAGCCGUUGAUUGAUCAGUCAUCAGACGGCGGGAUGUUCCCGGAGAUGGGAAGCUUCACGAGUCUGAUGACGUCAUCCAACGAUCCGUCUUGCCUAGGGUUCAACAUCGCCGACAUUUCCUCUUACCGUUUGCAAGAAAACCACCACGACGCUGUGGUUCAGAAUCAUGGCCCGAAUCAGCUGUGGCAAAAUCCACAGCAGAAGAUGAUGGGGGCCACCACUGUGGGCGAGGAGUUGAAGAUGCAAGAAGAGGUCACUGCUGGGUUUUUAGAUCAGACGGCUGAAAUUGAGUUCUCCGGGUUGCAGAACAGGGCAUGUAAUGGCGGACUGGCGGCACCGGAUUGGCAUGGCGGAGUAGAUCAAGGUUUGUUUGAUCUCAGCGGAGGCGUUGAUCAAGCUUACUGGAGUCAAACCCAGUGGGGUGAAAACGAUCAUUCUCUCAAUUACCUCCCGUAAUUUUCAUAUAUUUCAACAUUUGACUCUCAAAUCUUCAAGCAAAUAUGGAAAAAAAAAAAAGAAAAGAAAAAAACCGAGAGAGAGAGAGAGAGAGACACAAGUAUGCAUAUGAAUGACUGUUUGUUUCUCUAUGUACAUUUCUUUGAUAUUUUUGUGUCUUUUCUUUUCCUUGGGGUGGAUUUUGGAAAGUGUUUGCCUUCAAUUUACUGCUUCUGUGGAACUAACUUUGAUGUUAGUUUUUUUCCCCCUUUUUUGGUUGACAUUUUGGGUUUUUGUUUCUAGUGGAUUUGGAAUUAAGUUGAUCAUAUAUAGAGAAAAUUAUAGUAUUUUUUUUUCACUUGUUCAUGUCCUUAAUUACUUGUUUAUUGUUGAGAAUCGCAUACAAAUGCCAAACACUUAUAUAUUUGUGUUCAUGUUGAGAAAACAGUAACCCUUAUAUGCCCAACCUCACUUAACAGUUUCUUGCAUUUGGGUAAUUAUUGACCU